AUGUGCGAGACGACAAGGCUAUCAAUUAAUCCUCGCGGCCAACAACAGAAAGCAUUUCUUCUAAUCCUUACAAACAUAAUCGCCUCCCUCGACGCAGUGCAACCCUUAUCAUUCGGGACUAACGAAAUCGACCGCCUCGAAAUCCGCGCCGCAGCACGUCGACUCCUAGCUAGAGUAGAAACACCGAAUGAACGAGCCUGGGGAUUCUGCUUCGAGAAUCCUAUUAUUUUCGCUGCUUUGCAGACAUGUAUUGAGCUAGAUCUUUGGAAAUCUUGGACCGCUCUUGGUGGUGGGGAAAUGAGUGUCGAUGAGUUGGUGGAAUUGACUACUCCGAUUGUUGAAACUAAUCUCCUACGUCGAUUCCUCCGCCUCCUCGCAGCAUUCAACGUAAUCGAAGAAAUCGGCCCAGAUAAAUACAAAUCUACUCCGUUCUCAUAUGCAAUUGGUGACGAGAGUAGUGAGAUCAGGGCUACGCUUCAAGCAGGAACAAACCAAUACCUCCCCUGCGCGAAAAACCUCCCCACCUACCUCUCCCACACAUCUUACAAAGAACCAACCAACAUGCACGAGAACAACCACGCAGAUACCGACCCAGACGGGCUCAAUUUCUUCGCUCGAUUGCAGCAAACCCCCGCCUAUUUUGAAGCCUUCAUAGGCCAUAUGGAAGCCUGGACGGCGUGGAAAACACCCUGGACUAAGAUCUACGAUACGACUCAUCUCCUAGAGGGUGCUAAUCUGCAAGAUGAUUCUGUGUUUAUGGUUGAUAUGGGUGGGAAUACAGGGAUUGAUACAUUCCAUGUACUGAGGAAGCUUCCGGAGCUUCCUAAGGAUUCAGUUGUAUUGCAGGAUCUUCCGGAGAUAGUAGCCGGGGUUAAGGGGCAGUUGGAUGAGAAGGUUGUGGUUAUGGAGCAUGAUUUCUUCUUACCGCAGUUAGUUCGAGGAAGUAGGAUCUACUUCAUGCAUGCCGUGCUGCAUGACUGGCCUGACGAUAAAGCGAGAAAGAUACUCAUGAAUACUAAAGAUGCCAUGAAGAAGGGGUAUUCGAAACUGCUUAUCUAUGAUAUUGUUCUUCCUCCUAUGAAGGCGAGUAUGAGUCAGACGACUAUGGAUGUGCAGAUGAUGUCGUUACUGGCGGCGUCGGAGCGGACGGAGGCGGAUUGGAGGAGGUUGAUUACGGAUGCGGGUUUGCGGAUUUGUGGGUUUUGGCCUGAUCCAAAGCAGUAUGAGAUGGUUAUUGAGGUUGAGGUUGCGUGA